UUUAAAUUGGAUUAAAUAUAAUGGGCAAACAUUUCGGCGAAUUAGCGACUAUUCGCGGAAUAGUCUACUACAGACUGUCUCCUCAUGAAUUAAACCCUUUAGCCGGACUAAUAAGUAGGGGACUUCCAAAUGUUUUGCCAAGGACUACUGCAACUAUACUUUACUGGUUGCCACCAUUCAUUCUAGGCUACGCAUGGUACGCGUCCGUAGAGCAUGCGUUUCUACAAUCAAAAAGAAAAAAUCCGAAAGACUACUUAAAUGAAGUCGACCCCAACCCACCGCCGCCCCCGCUGCCUGAAGAAAAGAAGUGCGAGCCCAAGAAGAAGAAAAAAUAAGUAGGUAGUG